GAAUCCUCACCUUGUAAAUCUCCUGCAGCAUAUAUAGCAAACUGAACUAGCUCACAGAAAAAUAAUGAAAAACAUGUUUUGCAUCUCUCAUUGUUGUCCAUCGUUGAUUCCCACACAUAGAGACACUCUUUAUCUCACUUCAUAUGGGUGGAAAUGAUCUCAAAACACCAGAAUUCUUCUACAAACAUGGUGAACAAGAGAUUCAAACUUUUGUCAGCCAUGUUGAUUAUUUAUCUUGUUAGUCUGAAUCACAAGUUUUCUUUCUCUCAAGCAAUCAAUGAAGGAAAAGCAAGCAUAUCUAAUCACAGUGAUACGUUUUCGAAGGACGAAGGGAACCUGAAAACUUACAUUGUCAAGGUAAAGAAACCAGAAGGAGAAGCAUCAGAGCUAUCAGAUAAUUUAGAUAGCUGGUACGACUCAUUUUUGCCUGUCACUGCCUCCAGCUUACAUAAGGAACAACGGAUGGUAUAUUCCUACCGCCAUGUGGCCACCGGUUUUGCUGCAAAACUUACAGCAGAGGAAGUGAAGGAUAUGGAAAAGAAGGAUGGUUUUGUGUCCGCGCAACCUCAGAGGAAAUUGCACCUUCACACAACUCAUACCCCUGACUUCUUGGGGUUGCGCCAAGAACCAGGAUUGUGGCAGAAGACUAAUCAUGGAAAAGGAGUGAUUAUUGCAGUUCUCGACGGUGGAUUUACGCCCGGUCACCCUUCGUUUAGAGGCAACGGUGUGCCCAGUCCACCUGCAAAAUGGAAAGGGAGAUGUGACUUUGAAGAGUCCUUGUGCAAUAACAAGCUCCAGCCUUCGUUUAGUGGUAAAGAUGUGCCCCGUCCACCCGCAAAAGGGAAAGGGAAAGGGAAAUGUGACUUUGACGAGCCUGUGUGCAAUAACAAGCUGAUUGGUGCAAGGAAUUUCCAAAGCAGAGGCCCAGACCUUUUGGACGCAGAAGGCCAUGGAACCCACACAGCAAGCACAGCAGCAGGUAAUUUUGUGACAGGUGCAAAUCUGGACGGGAAUGCUAAUGGCACUGCUGCUGGCAUGGCACCUCUUGCUCAUUUGGCGAUUUAUAAAGUUUGCGAAGAUUCUUAUGGUUUAGAAAGUGAUAUCUUAGCUGGAAUGGACGCUGCCAUCGAAGAGGGUGUUGAUGUGAUCUCAAUAUCCCUCGGGGGAUCCUCCCGGCCUUUCCAUAUGGACAAUAUUGCCAUUGGUGCAUUUGCAGCUACUCAAAGAGGAAUUUUUGUCAGUUGCUCAGCCGGAAACGGGGGUCCGAAAAGCGGUACCUUAGCAAAUGCAGCACCAUGGAUACUGACAGUGGGAGCAAGCACCGUUGACAGAAGCUACAGAGCAACUGUGGUUCUUGGGAACGGGGAGGAAUUCGACGGGGAAUCCUUUUACCAGCCUAAAGAUUUCUCAUCAGAAUUGCUGUCACUGGUUUACCCUGGAUCAAGUAGUGUUAAUGAGAAAUCAAAAUUUUGCGCUCCAGGAUCAUUGGCAGAUGUUGAUGUCAAAGGAAAGGUGGUGUUGUGUGAGAAGGGUGGGAAAAUAAAAAGAACUGAAAAAGGCCGAGUGGUGAAGGAUGCUGGUGGUGCUGCAAUGAUUCUCAGCAAUGUUGAUAAACUUGAUAACAUUAUAACACCCGAUUUUCAUGUACUUCCCGCAUCCCAUUUGAGGUACGAUGCAGGGUUGAGAAUCAAAGACUACAUAGAUUCAACAUCAUCACCAACGGCUAAAAUCGUGUUCAAGGGAACUGUUUUCGACCUUCCCAUCGCUCCCAUGGUAGCUCAAUUUUCCUCAAGAGGCCCCAACUUCAUAAGUCCUGGGAUCCUGAAACCAGACAUUAUAGGCCCCGGUGUAGGUAUCCUUGCGGCAUGGAUUUCCGCUGACAAAAACCAAGGCUACAGCAACAAGAACACAAAACCAACGUUUCAUAUGAUUUCAGGAACAUCAAUGUCUUGUCCUCAUCUUAGUGGCAUCGCUGCUUUGCUCAAAAGCUCUCACCCACACUGGUCACCAGCUGCCAUUAAAUCUGCAAUUAUAACCACAGCCUAUACAACAAACCGUGGGAACAAUCCAAUUACAGAUGAAAAUCAAGUUGAUGCAAAUAUCUUUGAUAUCGGUGCAGGCCAUGUAGACCCAUCAAGAGCAAAUGAUCCUGGCCUAAUCUAUGACAUCCAAACCCAUGACUACAUUUCCUACCUAUGUGGCUUGGAUUACUCAGAUGACCAGGUAACCACCAUUGUCAGAUCUGAUGUGAAAUGUUCGGAGAUUUUGAGUAUACCUGAAGCAGAACUGAAUUAUCCGUCAUUCUCAGUAAACUUUGGUGCUAGUCCUCAGACGUAUAAUAGAACAGUGACAAACGUCGGUCCGGCAGAUGCUUCUUAUACUCCUCGCAUUGUUGCUCCAACUGGUGUGCUUGUUAGUGUAACGCCUGGUGUUCUGGUUUUCCAGCCAGAGAAGCAAAAGUCGACUUACGCAGUAACAUUUAGCAUGCAAGGGGAGGGAGGCGGCAACUCUUUUGGUCAGGGAUAUCUGGAAUGGGUUUCUGCUACCCAUACUGUUAGAAGUCCCAUUGUUGUUACGUAUAAUCAGGUCAUUGAAUAAGAGACAAAACCUACUUCGAUAACCCAAAAGAAAAUGUAUUGAUUUGAUAUUCA